AUUUUAAGGAUUGUAGUUUUAAAACAAGAAUUCUCUUAGAAGUUAUAGCUUAUUAAAUAUUGGAAGCUCCUAAGGGAGGAAUUUUUUUUCAUCUUUGUGAAUGUUAAAACUGCUGCAUGUAUUUCUUCAUUUGCAAGCUGUAAACGAAUAAUCGGAUUCCUAGGAAUAUUGAUCAGAAGUCUAUAAAACAGUAGACAGAAAAUGUCACGAGGGAAAAUGUCACAGAAAAACUAUCAGCUUACUGAGACCAUGUGCCAAUUUUAUAUUAUACCUCCCUCGGGGCCUGAAUAAUUGAGUUUGCACAGGAUUUUUGUAUCAAACGGUGGAAAUGUGUAUGGGAAUUCACAGAGUAGAGCCUGCAAAUUACUGAAUUAGGACAAAAUUGCAAGCCGAAGGUUGUUUACGAGAAGAAUAGCAAGAUAAUUGGCUUCUUUGCUUAGAAGUUUGCGGUAAAUUGAAACAUAUUAUUCAUGUUAUUGAAAACAGUAGCUUAGUGAAUAAUGAACAUAUAGGAAAAAGGAUCUUUUCUGAGUGUUUUUUGAAUUUUUCAAAGGAUUUUCAGCUUCAGGAAAACUUUAUUUUGUCGAGAAUUUUUAAAUUACUUUUUCAUGAAUUAAUAAUGGAGAAAAAAGGUGAAAGCAAAGAAAAACGUAAAGUUUCUGUUGGUAGAAGUUUGACCAUGAGAUUUUCUAACUACCGGAACCGUGGUAAGUCAGUUGAUAAAUGCGGAAGACUGACCGGAAACGUUACUAAUUUCGGAAAGCCUCUAACUACCUCAGUAUCGAUGGGCGAUAUGGACCGAAUGCAGAGUAUCUGUGACCAUCAGACUGCAUGUAAUUGUGACGUUAAUAGGAGUAAUUUAGCGUCAUCAAAAUUGAAAGGAAAAUCUGCAGAAAAAUUAACAUGUUCUCAGUGUGAAAGCGAGAGGUUGAAAUGCUCAGGAGUUGUAAGGUUGGAUUCUAUGAAUGUUAGAUGUGUACAAAUGUUUGGGUCACCAGGUUGCACCCGGUCCCCAGCACCUCAGGGACCCCCUCCCUGCCCGCCCCUACCUGGGAAAAGUGAGGGGGCAUUGGCAAAGAGUUGGGAUAAGAUAUAUGCCUCUAGAAAAGAAUGGCUAAAUAUGGCAAAGUCCCAUAACGGUAGGUCAAGUCUGAAGGAAAAGUUACAAGAAGAGUUCUUGUCGUGCAAGAUCUGUCUCGAGCCGUAUCAACGACCAAAAGCCUUACCCUGCCUUCAUAGUUUCUGCAAACACUGUCUACAGGACUAUGUAAGACGACAUACGGGGCAUCGCCCCGGAUACUUCCCCUGCCCAAUGUGUCGGAAAGAUAUUCGCAUCCCCGAAGGAGGGAUUGAGCAGUUUCAGGAUAAUUUCUUCUUGUUAAGUUUGUCUGACACGCUAGAAGAGGACGACGAUGUGACUGUAUGGCAGGAUCCAUACCAGCAACAUUUGUCGCCACCAAGAAGUAUCGCCCCACCCACACCUUUAGAACAGAAACUGAAAGAAUAUGAUUGGUAUUUUGGCAAAGUGAGUCGAAAUGCUUCAGAAGAGUGGUUAUUGUCUAUAGGUUAUCCAAAAGGUUCAUUCCUAGUACGGCAAGGCGAGGCUUCACCAGAUACCCUUACACUGUCGGUACGCGACCUAGAUGAACUUCAGGGGUACAUCGUGAAACAUUACAAAAUAUAUACACAGAGGAUGGGAAGCCCCCUUACAGAGUAUUAUUUCAUUACACCAAAGCGGAAAUUCAGAUGUUUGAACGAGCUUGUAAAACAUUAUUCAGAAGCGGCAGAUGGUUUGUGUUGUAAACUUACACAGGUGUGUGGUAAGCCUCGGUCAUUGUCGUGGGCAUCAGAACGGGGCAAGGAUGAUGACUACACAUCCUUGAAGGAAACUGUUCAACUAACAAAACGAAUAGGCAGCGGACAGUUUGCUGAUGUUUGGUUAGGUAAAUGGCACCAGCGUGAUGUAGCAGUGAAAAUUCAGCGUCCAGAUACUGUAAAAAUGGCAGCUUUUCUUGACGAAGCACAAAUAUUAAAAACAUUAGAUCACCCGAACAUUUUAAAAUUGUUAGCAGUGUGUAAUGAAAAGGAACCUGUAUAUCUAGUCACAGAGUAUUUGACAAACGGACGGUUGUCUCUGUAUCUUAGGGAAGGUAAAGGGAGUGAACUCAAGCUGACAGCAUUGACAUGGAUCUGUGCGCAGCUUGCGGAUGCCCUUGCCUAUAUGGAGAAAGAAAAGUUUAUACAUCGGAACUUAGGGGCACGGAAUAUAAUUGUUGGUGAACAAAACAAGGUGAAGAUUGCAGGGUUUGGUAUGACCAAGUGUGCUGAUGAUCCUGACUUCAAUUUUAGAAGAGGAUUAAAGAUGGCGAUCAAAUGGAUGGCACCCGAGGUUUUAUUGUAUAACAAAUAUAGCACAAAAGCAGAUGUGUGGUCAUUCGGUAUUUUAAUGAUGGAAGUGUUCAUGCAUGGGAAGGAACCUUAUGAAGGAAUGGGAAGUAAAGAAGCGUUUGAGAAUGUUCAACAGGGUUACAGAAUGCCUAAACCAGACUCGUGUCCGUCUGAAAUAUACGAUGUGAUUCUGUCGUGCUGGAGCACAAAUCCACCAUCGAGACCUUCCUUUGAUUUUCUGAACACAUUUUUACAUGACUGGCAGUCACCUUCAUGACAUCAGUGCUCAUUGUCAACUCUUUGUUGUGCUUAAAUCUGUUGUUUAUAAACAUGUUUUCCAAAUGUUGUGAUAUUCAGCUUCUGAGCUAAUCUUUUGGAGUUGGCAAAGAGCUAAAAAUAGCUGGCAGGAAGUGCAUCUUUAUACAAAAUGAGGCGGGAUUGAAAUGAGAAGUGGGAGUAGUUAAAAAAUGCAUCUUGAGACAGAAUGAGGCGGGAUUAAAAGGAAGGUAGGAGCAGUUGACUGAUGGUGAUGUGAGUUCGUUUUUACACAAAAUGAGGUGGAAUGUAAUAAAAAGUGGCGCUAAAUUUAAACAUGGAGGCAGGGUUUGAUUAAAACUUGGGAGUGGUCAAGUUUGCUUGAAUAUGAGUAUUUGCCUGUUUAAAUGAUAUGCUGAACAAACAGCUUUCAGAUUAGGGUCGUAAGAUGUGCAGAUGGUAGGUCAGCUUGGAAGAGGACAAGAGGGUUAACUAGGAAACUGAUCAGCAGAGAAGAAGGACUUUUAAACAAUAUGGAGAGCACCACCCACACAAUGUCUUUUAUUUGCUAAAUGCUAAUCAGUCAAUGGGUUUGAUGUAAAGACAUUAAAUAUGCAUGCACUAGUUCAAGUAAAACUGUUUCUAGGUCAUAAUGAAAUAGCAAUGGAAGACUGGUAUAUUAAAGCACAAUUGUACUUAGUGAUGUACAUCUGUUCUAGAUUUUCAAUUAAUUAAUACACAUGAGAAUGUGACACACAUUGCUAAUUGUGAUAUUUUGCUACUUAAACAAAUGAAAUGAAGCUUGGAGUGUAAUAAAACAUGUCCAAGCUCUCAUUCAAUUAAAUGGAUGUGAAAAUGUUCCAGGCUUCAGUGAACUAUAAUGUGCUAAUUUUUUUUUUCCUUGAAUAAUCUUUUGUUACUACGCAAAAAUAUCAGAAUAACAAAAAAGAACUGUUUCCAUUAUGUUAGUGAUUGUGCUUUAUAGAAUAGUUUCCAUUUGAGCUGCGCCAUGAGAAAACCAACAUAGUGGCUUUGCGACCAGCAUGGAUCCAGACCAGCCUGCGCAUCCGCGCAGUCUGGUCAGGAUCCAUGCUGUUCGCUAACAGUUUCUCUAAUUCCAAUAGGCUUUGAAAGCGAACAGCAUGGAGCCUGACCAGACUGCGCGAAUGCGCAGGCUGGUCUGGAUCCAUGCUGGUCACAAAGCCACUAUGUUGGUUUUCUCAUGGCGCGGCCCAUUUAUUGCUUGUUUUCCAGUGGAAUAUUGAAAGGUAAUGGUGAAAUAUAUCUGGUAAUUUCACGGUGAGAAACACAUUACUGUAAAAUACGGUAACUGGUAUGUGCAGGCAAAAUGGGUAAAUAUGGUUAAAACCUUUGGAAAGACAUGAAAUAAAGAGAAAUUUUAUUAUUCAAACUUCCUUUCUCUUAUGAACUUCAAAUGUGUAUAUUCAUUCUUCACUUAAGUUUAAUUUUUACAGCUGGAAUUUGAUGUAAAACAAUGUAAUCUUCUCUGUACAAUGUGACUGAUUCAAUAUCUAGUCCAGGGUGAUGUAAUCAUAGAAUGUAUUGUGGAAAAAAGCUAAUUUAACUACAAAAUAAAUUUAACUUUUUCACAUACAAUUAAAACUCUUGGACUAAACACUUACAUAUAAUGUGUAACCAAUUAGCAUAUGAUAAGUCUAGAUAUGACUUGAUUAUUUUUAGUGCGAUGAUGUUGCGAAUUUUCUGUUUUCAUAUACAGCAACCACUCCUAUGCUCUGAUGAAAAACUGUUACAAGUUUUAUAGUGACCUAAGGUUUAGUCUUAAGCAGCCUAUGGUCACAGAUAAAAAAGUUUGAGUUUGGAGACCAGUCUUGUAAUUCAGGCAGCUGAUUGAUUGAUUCUGAGCACAGUCUUAAAAUUGACCAAUGGCAAGCUAGCAUACUGGGACUGGUCUCUUAAUUUAGUUUUAUUAUUUAAGAGCCCAAUAAAAAGUCUGGUUGUGAAUAUUAUUCAAAUGGUUGAUAGGUAUUCGCUCAGAAGAUUUUUCCAUGACCAUUUUGUGUUGUUUAAGGUAUACUAUUUCUCAAUUUUCAAAUGGCAUAUCUUUUUACUAAAUUCAGGUUGAAAAGCAGCUAAUGUUAGUGUCUGAUUGCAGCUUUUAUCUAUGUUUUGAGACUAAUGCAUUUUCUUGUUGUAAAAUUCUACACUAGGCUUGUUUGUUAUUUUUCAUUAUAUAAAGGUUGUGUGAAUAUACAUGGUGUCAAUAAACAAUACUUUAUACGUUGUUAAGCAGUGAAACCCUGUCAUUCAUAUAACCCUUUUCAGCUAAUUAAUAAUAAUGUCAAUUAUUUAAAGAGGUGUUUAAAGUGGAUUUAAGGGCUGGGCUGUAAUCAUGUUAGUUCCACAAAAUGACAAUUUUAGGACUAUUUGUGGGGGUAGAUUAUUUGUAUAGAGAAACUUCUGUUUUGUUCAAGUCAUAGAUUUUGUGUUCUUUCAUGUGACAAAGCUAUCCAAAUGUCCUACAGAAAGUUGUUUGUUUUACCCAAGUGCCAGUCUCUGCAUAAAAUAGUGCAUGGCAGGACAACUGACAUCUUCCUGGAAAGUUGCCCUAUGACCUAAAUCGUGUUUGACUUGAAACUCGACGACAGCAAACAAUGGGUAGUUCAUUACACACUUGUGAACAUUUCAAGAUUCACUGUAUUUGAAUGUGUUCCUUGUUUUAUUGGUAUCUGUAUAGUCAACUUUUCUACAAAUGUUUCUGAGGAAACCAUUCAAAAUGUUUUGUUUUAGUAAGCAAGACUGGAUUACCCAAUUUGAAUUUUCAAAGAUAGUUUAUGUUAUUACAGUAUUAUUAAAGCCAGGUUCAGUUCAGAUGUUACAGGGUUUGAGAAUAUCUUCAUAUUAAACAUUCAAUGUUUCAUAGCAUCUUAGCUCUAUGGGACAUAUACUUGACUACUUUAUUUCAUUUUGAAGAAAGAAACAAGCCUACUUUUCAAACUACCAAUUGUGCACACAGGAUGGAAUAAAAGUUUUAUUAUACCACUGUAAAUAAAAUUCAGAUGGGUACGUAGGAGUCUUCUUACAAUUGAUCUGUCCGUCCAUUGCUAAGAAGUUAUUACAGGGGCUUCUAUACUUUGAUUAGGUUCAUUGAAACUUAAUACACAUUAUUUUCAAAAAUUCUAGAUGUUGAUGGCACUUUUUUGUCCAUGGUUAAUCAAAGCAUUGCAGAGGUAACAACCCUUAUCUCCUCUAACAAAGCAAUAUUGUAGGGGUAUUUAUCACAUUCGGUGAUAGCUCUAGCUUUUGGUACAGAGAAAAAUUGUUAACAUUGUCAAUUUAAGUGUAUAAAAUAGUGUCAAUAAUGACUGUGUACAGAUACAUAUUUUACCAUUUGUUAAUAUCUCACAAAACUAUUGUAUAUUUAGCACAGGUUGUGAAAUAAUACAUAUUUAAUAUCGUGUUAUAGAGUUAUCUAAAUUGUAUGUUGUAAAAUAUGCUGUUGAUGCUUUGUGCUUGAGAAUCCUAUAAAUUGUUGUUUUUUUCUCUCCGGCCAUUAAAUGAAAGUUCAGCUGUUAGCUCAGUAUGUACAGGGGGGGGAGGUUGUGAGAUCAGUCUUCAUUCAAAGAAAUUUUUUCAUGAAAGUUUGACAGGAGACAGUUUUCCUCGAGUCAUUUGUCCACCAUAUCUGAUUUAGAUUUGAAAUUUUUGAUAUUUUGGGAGAACUGAUGAAUUCUUGUUUGGAAUUUAGUAGAUUGACUUAUUAUCAUUACAGAAAUGUUAAAGUGUUAGUCAAUAUGGUUAAAUUUGUUUUUUUAUCAUAUAAUCAAAUGUUAACAGAAUACAGAGUUUCAUGCAAAUCUGAAGUUUUUUCCUUGUGAUCUUUUAAGUAUCCUGAUUCUCUAAAAAAAUUUCCCUUUACUGUCUCUUACUUUUUCACCGUUUUUGACAGCUUGAACAAAAGUAAUUGGAAGCCUCUCAUUAACGAAAGUUCCCUUUGUUGAGCUGCAGAUAACUAUUGCUUUAGUAGAAAGUUAAUAUUGAGUGAAAAUUUCAAGCUGACUGUGGUAUCAGUGACAUUUUCAGUUGAAUUCAUAAAAUUUUGAGCAGUGCCAUUAGAAAACCAACAUAGUGCAUUUGCGACCAGCAUGGAUCCAGACCAGCCUGCACACCACGCAGUCUGGUCAGGAUCCAUGCUGUUCGCUAACAAAGCCUAUUGCAAUUAGAGAAACCGUUAGUGAACAGCAUGGAUCCUGACCAGACUGUGUGGAUGCGCAGGCUGGUCCUGAUCCAUGCUGGUAGCAAAUGCACUAUGUUGGUUUUCUCGUGGUGUGGCUCAUUAAUGUAUUAUUUUUCUUGUACACUUGUUUCAGUUUUUCACUGCCAGAUUUUUAUGUUGAAGGCCAGCUUGCAUUAUUUCAUUUGUUGAUUGUUUACAUUAACAUUGUACUAGGUAUUACCAUUAUCAGUCAUUUAGAUUUUAUGUUUCCAUAUUUAUUGAGAUUUAUGUUCAUACAAAUUGUGUAUUCAACAUGAAAUAUUCAUUUAUAUUAUAUUUCACUGAUAUACCGGUACUACUGGUACAAAUAACUUCAUAUAUUCUUUGCUUAAACUCCAGGGUUUCCAUAACUUUUAACCUGCUAAAUUUCUAAAAUGAACUGGUCCAUCAUUCAGUUUGGGCAAUACCAUUUAUUAUUCAAAGAGGUGUUCACUGAAAAUUUACUAACUGAAUAGCAAACAGUACAGGCCAUGAUCAGCCUAAUCUUGGUCGCAAAGGCAGAAUCACAAAGGCUAAAUUUAAGAUAGUGAUAGCUAAUUCCUUUUUUCGCUACUUAAUUUCUGUAUAUGGAAAACCUUUUGCUAGAUAAAUUUAAUUUUUUUUUCAUCAAUUUCUUGGACCAGUAGGUAAAUAUUUGUAAAAUGUCUUCUUUUUUUUUGUUGGUGAGAAGCUUACGUAAGCCAUUAUAACCUUUGUUUCUAAUAUUUUAUAUUGAACUUAUAAAAAGAGAUAUCCCAGGUUUUAAUGGAUUAAAUGCUUACUUUUUUCAGGCAAUAUUGUUGGUGCAUAAAUUUCAUAUAGAUUAAAAAAGCCUGUUUGAGGUUUAAGCCAUAAAUUUUUUUGUUCUUGAGUAAAAAAAAAAUGUAGUAGUAUAAACUUGUGUAAGGGGCAUUUUAGUUAUCAUUCCAUUAUUUUUGCAAAAUUUAAUGGCAUAAAUUAUUAAUAUGUUUAUCCUUAUUUAUAUCAUUACUGGGGUUCAUUAAAUACUAUAUAAGGCAUUAACUGUAUUCAUUUACUUUCUCUUUCUCACAAUAUUUGUUUAACAAAUGAACUACUCAAGACAACUAAAUGUGUUCAGUUAAAUUUUGACAUUGUGCCACAGUAUUUACAUGUUUUGUACAUUCAAAUGACAUGCCUCCAGGUUUAUGUAAAAUGUUCAAGAAAAUGUUUUUGUACAUUUGUAAUUCAAAAUUUGAAAGUAGUGUGAUUCAGUGUUUAUUUGAAAAAAAUGAAAAACCAAGCCUCAAGUUGCAUGUAAAAUGUAUGAAAAACCUCUACCUACGUGUUAUGGGGCACAAUCUUAAUGUGGAAUAGUUGGACUGUAGCUGUAUUUAACUACAUACACCGAAAGUGUCAACCUCAAUAACAUUGAGCCCAUCGGCUAACUUCAUAAGGAAGGGGAUGGAACACUUCCAAACUCAAGAUGGGAUGUUCUGAUUCAGCACGGUCUUGGGCAAGAUGGUUGAUCCACUUAAUUAUUAAGGCCAUGUAUUAAAGUUUCAUGAUCCUCCAUCUUUAAAUCUUGUAGGAAAGAUGUUAGUUUCUUGCAGUAACAAAUCAAUACUAGUGCUGAAUUCAGUUUCAUAACUGACUGCCACUACCAUAUUUAACAAAUGACACAACACACAGAUGAAACAAAAUGAAGUAACUUUCUUUUAUAAUUAGAUAUAUCAUAGACAUUUCUAUAUAAAAAUAAUUGACAUGUAUCUAGGGACAUUUUGCUUCAGAAAAUAUAUUGUAGAAGUGAAAGUGUCAUUACCAUACUGGCUGUAAUUUACAUUUUUGUUAUUUUCUGCAUGUACUUGUUAUGCAUGUAUAGUCCAAUUCAAAAUGACCUUCUGGGCAAAGUUGUAUGUGCACUAUAAUAAAAUGGAAGUAUAAUGAAAUAGUGUUUGGGGUGUCUAAAUACAAAGCAUGAUGUUUCUGUAAGCAUGUUUUAUGUACAUUUUAAAGUGUAGAACACUCAUUAAUGUUAGGGACAGUCCUCAUUGGUCAGGUUAUUAAGGUCUUAUCGAUGUUGGUUCGAAACAUGUGAUGUAUAAUUCUGCAUGUGGGGAAGCUGCCCAUCAGGCUUAUGGCAGGUCUGUUUCCAGCCAGGUUCUUGCUCGGGUCUGAAAUAAUUCCAGGAGGGGCACCUAGGGUCUGUCUCCACCAUCAAAAGCUGUAGACUUCGCCAUACAACCUAAAUUGUUCUGAUGUGACUCUAAAGCAAACAUUAAUGUUAGGCAGAACUGUGUAACCAGCUACAAACUAGGAAUUUUAACAACAUAUAUAUAUCUAUUGUCUUCAAAAUCACCAUAGAAACUCUACAUAAAAACACAAAUCUACAAUCAUAUCUGCAACAGUCCUUAAGGGGAGCGGUGGUGUAGUGGAUAUGGUGUCGGCCGCUCAAUCCAGGGGUUGUGGGUUUGAGCCCCACUGGGGUCACGACCAUGACUUCUCAUAUGACACCAGUACUAUUUUUUUCCAGGAAGCAGACUCAAUCACAAUUGAGCUAAAAAAAAUUAGUUUAAACUAACAGUCCUAUAAUUAUAUGCAUUGUUAGCUCAUCUGAUUUUUUGAAAAAAAAUGAUGAGUUAUUGUCAUCACUUGAGCGGUUGUCGGCGUCGGUGUCUGCGUCGGCGUUGCCUGGUUAAGUUUUAUGUUUAGGUCAGCUUUUCUCCUAAACUAUCAAAGCUAUUGCUUUGAAACUUGGAAUACUUGUUCCCCAUCAUAAGCUGACCCUGUAUAGCAAGAAACAUAACUCCAUCUUGCUUUUUGCAAGAUUUAUGGCCCCUUUUGGACUUAGAAAAUCAGUUUUCUUGGUUAAGUUUUAUGUUUAGGUCAGCUUUUAUCCUAAACUAUCAAAGCUAUUGCUUUAAAACUUGCAACACUUGUUCACCAUCAUAAGUUGACCCUGUACAGCAAGAAACAUAACUCCAUCCUGCUUUUUGCAAGAUUUAUGGCCCCUUUUGGACUUAGAAAAUAUCAGAUUUCUUGGUUAAGUUUUAUGUUUAGGUCAACUUUUUCUCUUAAACUAUCAAAGCUAUUGCUUUGAAACUUGCAACACUUGUUCACCAUCAUAAGCUGACCCUGUACAGCAAGCAGCGUAACUCCAUCCUGCUUUUUGCAAUAAUUAUUGCCCCUUUUGGACUUAGAAAAUCAUUUUCUUGGUUGAGUAUUAUGUUUAAGUCAACUUUUCUCAUAAACUAUCAAAGCUAUUGCUUUAAAACUUGCAACAGUUUUUCACCAUCAUAAGUGGACACUGUACAUCAAGAAACAUAACUCUAUCCUGCUUUUUGCAAGAAUGAUGGCCCUUUUUAGACUUAGAAAAUCAUGGGUAGGACAAUAUUUCUAUUA